CCCCAUCCACACUUCUCCCCUCACCAUUGUCCUUGUCUGGUCCACCGUGGUCACCUUCUGAAAAUGUCGUCCCUAUCAAUCUUCCGCGUGGCGACCCGCGCCGUUCGCCCUACCGGCUUUUUUAGAGCUCCCCAAUUGACCCGGUCCCGGAUGCAGUCCCCGGUGACUCUGGCCGCCGCCCGCGCCCACAACUUCGGUACCACCUCUAUGCUCCGCUCCGGCCACGAGGAUGAGACCUACGAAGAGUUCUCUGCCAGAUUCGAGAAGGAAUUCGAUGGUGUGCAGGACGUUUUCGAGCUCCAGCGCAACCUGAACAACUGCUUCGCUUACGAUCUCGUCCCCUCCGUUGAGGUCCUCACUGCCGCCCUCAAGGCCGCCCGCCGUGUUAACGACUUCCCUACCGCUGUUCGCGUCUUCGAGGGUGUCAAGGCCAAGGUCGAGAACCCCGACCAGUACAAGCAAUAUCUCGAGUCCCUCGAGGGUCUGCGCGUCGAGCUGGGCGUCGCUCUCCGGGAGGAGCUCUACCCCCAGGAGGCGUAAAUUCUCAUCAUCAAUUCUACUUUUACGUCAAUUUUCUCUUAAACAAACAGUACCCCCUCACACGUUGUUUAUCCAGCACUGUUUGACUGGCUGAGGAUUAGGUCAGGUAGAAGAGAAAACUGUAUACAUACUUUAGAGAUCUCUUGUGUUGUUAGUGCUGCUGUUGUCUGGAAGAAGGUCUUCUGAGCCUUUACUUGGUUGGUGCUUAAUCUAUCUUGAUUCCAUCUUGUUCAGUCAUCCUGCAUUGUUGUAUUAUCAACCACUCAAGUCAGUCC